AUGUAUAAUGUAAGAAGAUACUUAUUUUCACUACCAAAAGUAAAUAAAAAUCAAGUAUAUGCUGAAAAACGAGUUAUUGGGUAUUCAUCUAGUCAAAUGUAUAAUGUUGUAAAUAAUGUAGAAAAAUAUUCAGAAUUUGUUCCAUGGUGUAAAAAAUCAGAAGUAGUUAAAAUUAGUGAUAAUUUAACAAUAUGUGAAUUAACAAUUGGCUUUCCACCAUUAUGGGAAAAAUAUAAAUCUAGGGUUACUAGCUUACCUCCAUAUGUUGUUCAUUCUGUUUGUGCAGAUGGAUCAUUAUUUGAAGUUUUAGAUACAACAUGGAGAUUUGGACCAGGAUUAUCUGAAAAUUUAGAUCAAACGUGUACAUUAUAUUUUUCAUUAACAUUUCAAUUUAAAUACUCUAUUCAUGCUCAAUUAUCUCAUUUGUUUUUUGAUCAAGUUGUCAAAACAAUGGUUAAAGCAUUUUUAAAAAGAGCAGAAAAUUUAUAUGGACCUCCAUCAUUUAAUCAUUUUGAUAGUAACAUUGAAAUUAUUGAUUAUAAAAGCUAA